CGGGUCCCGGGAACCGAACCGGCUGCAGGGGAGGGGGGCCCCCGUGGACUUGGGGAGGGGAAAGCCAUGGGGGGGCACCCCCCCGGAACCCCUUUCCCGGGCGCGCGCUCUCCGCUGGAAGAGGCGCGGAGAGACACUUUCCCCGGGAUCCUAAGUGUGGGGGCGGUUGGCUGGGGGGCCCGUCCGGCCCCGCGCCCGAGGCUUGGGAAAGCGAGUUGGCGGAGGGAGCGGAUUACGUGCCGGGCCAUGGCCCUGCGGCCCCGGCCCCGGCCACGAUGACCUCUUUGCCCUGCCCCCUCCCUGGCCGGGACGCCUCCAAGGCCGUCUUCCCAGACCUCGGCCCCGUCCCGUCGGUGGUGGGUGCCUACCCGCUUGGCCUGUGUCCCACAACCGCAGCCUCCCCCGAUCUGCCCUACUCCCGGCCGUAUGGCCACCUCCUGUCCUACCCCUACGCCGGGCCGGCGGCCCCCGGAGAUUCCUACCUGCCCUGCCAGCAACCCGCGGCGCUCUCCCAGCCCCUCCGCGGCCUCCCAGAGCAUCCGCGGGAGCCAGAGACAGACUUGGAGAAGCCACCGCUGUCCCCAGAGCUCUCAGAGCAGCGUCUACAGGCCCCAGCCAAGAAGCUGCGCAAGCCGAGAACCAUCUACUCCAGCCUGCAGCUGCAGCACCUGAACCAGCGAUUCCAGCACACACAGUACCUGGCGCUGCCCGAGAGGGCCCAGCUGGCCGCGCAGCUCGGCCUCACCCAGACCCAGGUAAAGAUCUGGUUUCAGAACAAGCGCUCCAAAUACAAGAAGCUCCUGAAGCAGAACUCUGGGGGCCAGGAAGGGGACUUACCUGGGAGGACUUCCUCCCUGUCUCCCUGCUCUCCAGCCCUUCCCUCCCUCUGGGAUCUCCCCAAAGCAGGGGUCCUGCCCACUGGUGGUUAUAGCAACAGCUUGGGAGCCUGGUAUCAGCAUCACUCCCCAGAAGUCCUGGCUCUGCCUCAGAUGAUGUGAGUCUGGAAAGGGCGAGUCAUGCCCUCAGCCCUCCUAUAAAGUCCAGGACCCAGCACCCCUUCUGGGCUGGGAGGAAACCAACUCCAGAUGGAUUAUCUCUAGAGAACAAGGAAUUAGAGGAGAAAAGAGGAUGGAGUGGGGUCUUGGACCCCUAACCCACAUAGCUAAAUCAAGGACCUCGGCCAGAACUGCUGUCCCCCACCACUUUUAUGGAUGGGGCACCUUC